AUGUCAAAAAUAAAGUGGCCAAUCCGGCCCACCUCUUCCUUCCUCGGCCCACUUGUGUGGACGAAGCGGUACGCUUCUGUGUCAUCUUCCCCUCACGCGAGCCGCGUGACCGUGGUCCUCCACCACAGCACAUGGCUGCCGCACCACCCCUCCUCAUCUGCUCCCUUCCCCGCAUGGUCCUCUCCCUCCUCCCUUGCUUUAUUCCUGGACCGCAUCUCUCGUCCUCCUCGCCCAAGUCUCCUCCAACCUCUCCUCUUUCUUCUUUCUCUACAAGAAACCGAACGGAGAGGGUUUCUACCCCACAACGCCGCGCCCUCCUUGCCGCAGCCCCAUCAUCUCCGGCCACCCCAAGCCCCGCCGCCGCCACCAUUCGACGCGCCUCUCCGUCGCGCAGCUACUGGUGCAAGGAAUCGAGCCAGGAGCCCUUCAAUCAAGCACACGUUCGCCAAUUCCCUAUUCCGGCCGCCGUCUUCCGGCGACAAAUUCUUCGCCGUCCGUCCCCCUCCGCCCUCCUCGUCACGUCCUGCACAUCUUUGCAACCCGCCGACGGUGAAGCUCCGGCGACCUCCCGUGGGCGGCGCUGCCUCCUCUUCGUCCGCGCCGACAAGGCGCACCCAACGCCCCCUUCCUCGCGCCCUGGGACGCCUCCAGUCGCCGGCGCGCACCAAGAUCUGCCGCGGUGACCGCCGCUCACCGCACGCGCCCGGCGUCGAACACCUCCCGUGCGUGCACGCACGCUUCGCCAGCGCGGCAGCCACCUCACCGCCCGGGCCCCACCUGUCAUCGACAGCAGCUAGCUCUUCUCUGGCAUUUGCUUCUUCCCGGAUAGGAUCACGAAGUGGUGCUGUGAGAUACGACAAGUUCUCCGGAUGUCCCUCGGCAAGCUUUAACAGGUAUGAAGAUAUGUUCGAUGAAGACGACAUUAGCAAGGUUACCCUUCCGGCUUGGCCUGGGCAGGGUUAUGGACGCCACUGGUUAUCUUCAGGACUCUUAGUCCAAUUUGUAUCUUGUCCGUACUCGGACGUAUUCGAUCUUCUGUAUGAUUUGGAUCUUUGUCUUGUAUAUUUGUAUCUUGACUCGUUGGAGUCGUUGUUGUAAUAUAUGUAUCUUGUGGGCUCUAUUGUAAUCCGGUUGUAAUGUUACCGCUCGUGUUAAUUCCUCUGGCAUCACGUGUGUGAUUCGUCGCGCACGUCGUGUCGGAGGGCGUCUCUGAAUCGAUAUCGUGCGGAUUUCGGCGGGUUCGCCAGAAUCCUCAGGAUACCGGUUCCGGGGCGUCACACAUGUUCGUCUUGAGCAACCAAUGAAGCUAACGAAACAUUAUUAGGAUCAACAUUAGUCCUACCA